AGGAAAAACAGCAAUCCACUCCAGUAUUCUUGCCUGGAGAAUCCCAUGGACAGAGGAGCCUGGUGGGCUACAGCGCAGGGAGUGCAGAGUUGGACACGACUGAAGCGACUUAGCACGCACACGCGCACACUCCCUCACUGAGAGGUGCUGCGCUCUGGGCCAGGCGGCGGCGGAGGACUCCGGUGGGCUCAGCGUGGCUCAGCCCCGGGUCUGCGUCACCGGAGACUCCGAGGGCGAGGGCUCAGUGCCCACUCCUGCCUGGCCGGCUCCUGCCUGGUCCUUCGAGAACAUGGUGCAGAAGUACCAGUCUCCCGUCCGAGUCUACAAGCACCCAUUUGAGCUGGUCAUGGUGGCCUAUGAGAAGCGCUUCCCCACCUGCCCGCAGAUUCCAGUCUUCCUGGGCAGUGAGGUCCUGCGCGAGUCCCGCAGCGCCGAUGGCGCGGUGCACGUGGUGGAGCGGAGCUGCCGGCUGCGCGUGGAGGCCCCGCGGCUGCUGCGCAAGAUCGCAGGUGUGGAGCACGUGGUCUUCGUGCAAAGAAACGUCUUGAAUUGGAAGGAGAGGACGCUCUUCAUUGAAGCGCACAACGAGACCUUCGCCAGCCGCGUGGUGGUCAAGGAGAACUGCAGCUACAGGGUCCACCCUGAGAAUGAAGACUGGACGUGCUUUGAGCAGUCUGCCUCACUCGACAUCCGGUCCUUCUUUGGCUUUGAAAGUGCCUUGGAGAAGAUCGCCAUGAGGCAGUACACGGCGAACGUCAAGAGGGGAAAGGAGGUGAUUGAGCAUUACCUGAAUGAGCUCAUCUCCCAGGGCACCUCUCACAUUCCCCGGUGGACGCCUGCCCUCGCGCGAGAAGAAGACGCCCCCUCCCAGGCUGGGCAGAGGGAGCCCGACUCACUGGAGGUCUGUGGGCCCAGCAGUGCCCAGGACCUGGCUCCUGAGUCCGUCAGUACUGAUGGGGACAAGCUGGACGCGGACUACAUUGAGAGGUGCCUGGGCCAUCUCACGCCCAUGCAGGAGAGCUGCCUGGUCCAGCUGAGACGCUGGCUGCAGGAGACCCACAAAGGCAAGAUCCCCAAAGAUGAGCACAUCCUUCGCUUCCUCCGGGCUCGAGACUUCCACCUGGACCGGGCCCGCGAGAUGCUGUGCCAGUCCUUGAGCUGGCGGAAGCAGCACCAGGUGGACCUCCUCCUAGAGACCUGGCAACCCCCCGCCCUCCUGGAGGAGUUCUAUGCCGGAGGCUGGCACUACCAGGACAUAGAUGGCCGCCCACUGUACAUCCUGCGUCUGGGCCACAUGGACACCAAGGGCUUGAUGAAGGCCGUGGGGGAGGAGGUGCUGCUGCGGCACGUUCUUUCCAUCAACGAGGAAGGACAGAAGCGGUGUGAAGGGAACACGAAACAGUUUGGCCGUCCCAUCAGCUCCUGGACCUGCCUGGUGGACCUGGAGGGUCUCAGCCUGAGGCACCUGUGGCGGCCGGGGGUGAAGGCCCUGCUGCGCAUGAUCGAGGUGGUGGAAGGCAAUUACCCCGAGACCCUGGGCCGGCUGCUCAUCGUGCGAGCCCCCCGCGUCUUCCCCGUGCUCUGGACACUGAUCAGCCCCUUCAUCAACGAGAACACCCGACAGAAGUUCCUCAUCUACAGUGGCAGCAAUUACCAGGGCCCCGGAGGCCUUGUCGAUUAUCUGGACAAAGAUGUGAUUCCUGACUUCCUUGGGGGAGAGUGCCUGUGUAAUGUCCCUGAAGGAGGACUGGUCCCCAAGUCCCUGUAUCUGACGGAAGAGGAUCAGGAGAACGAAGACCAGCUGUGGCAGUGGAGGGAGACGUACCACUCGGCCAGCGUGCUCCGCGGGGCCCCCCACGAGGUCACCGUGGAGAUUCUGGAGAGGGAGUCAGUCAUCACCUGGGACUUCGACAUCCUCCGUGGGGAUGUGGUGUUCAGUCUGUACCACGCCAAGCAGGCGUCCACGCCAGGCCCCCAGGAGACUGAGGCCAGGGUCGGCGGGCAGCUGACGGACAGAGGCUGGGCCCUGGGUGCAGAUUUCAGCUGCGUGGAGGCCCCGCUCAUCUGCCGGGAAGGGGAGAGCAUCCAGGGCUCCCACGUGACCCGGUGGCCUGGCAUCUACCUGCUGCAGUGGCAAAUGCACAGCCCCCCUGCCCACAUGGCCUGCAGCCUCCCGGGCGUAGAGGAUGUCCUGACAGCCCUGCACAGCCCCGGCCCCAGGUGCAAACUCCUCUACUACUACGAGGUGCUGGCGUCCGAGGACUUCAGGGGCUCCAUGUCCAGCCUGGAAUCCUGCGCCAGCCGCUUCUCCCAGCUCAGCGCCACCACUUCCUCCUCGGCGCCGUCCCACAGCAGCUCCCUGGUCUCCAGGUAGUCGGGAUCGAGCCCCGUGGGGCAGCCUGCUCGCCUCCCACGUCCCCACGUGUCCACGAGGCUGUGUGGGCUGCAGCCCUGGGUCUGGACGCUGCCAAAUUUGGGCUAUCUGGAGGCCCCCAUUGGCUCUUGGGGUGUCGAAGACAGAAUCAUCUAUGAUCAGGCUUCGAGUACAAAAAGCCAAGGGGUGGGCAGACCCCAUUCAGGUCUGAGGGCUCAGGGAGGUCGUCGGGCUCAGUGCCCCCCAGCUUCCCUGGGGUGGCCUCCUCCUCAGGCGACCCCAGCACUGUUACUUUCCCUCUUUCCCUUUCCUGCAGCUCAGCUGCAGAAGAGAAUCUGUCUCCUGACCAAGUUCCAUCCAGCCUCCCAGAAUUGAGUCUUAUCAGCCUGCUUGAGUCCCAGGCUAGUCCCUGAACCAAUCACGGUUGCCAGGGGGCAACAGAGAACACUGAUUGGCCUGCAGGGUCUGUGUUCAGUCUGGACCAAUCACUGUAUGGGGAGGAGGUACAGUGAUGGGCCCGCCCAGACCACAUGCUUGUUCCCACCACCUGGUCUGAAAAGCACAAGGUGGGUUCUUCCAAGACUCUUAGGGUUCCCCACCCUAAGAAGUAGAAAUGACGGGUGUACACCCUAGCAUCUAAGCCUACAACGAUGCCCUGGGUCCCAGGAUAUGCUGGUGAGCAGUUAUAUAAGUUACAGGCUCCACUUUUUGUGGGGAGCCACCCACCAUGGACGUGAAAUGCAUUUUCACAGCAUGUGGCUGGAAGGUCUAAUCCUGACCACCCCUGACUUGAAGACAGUGGAAGGCCCAGUGUUUUUGCUGAAUUCCAGGCAAUGAUGAAGCAGUUCUGGCUAUCUUUAUAUUCUCUGAAGGUCCCUUUGUCUCCUGGGAAUCUCCUGUUUAAUUAUGCCUUUUUGGGUUGUAAGUUACCUCCCAGCAGCUUAAACAAAAAAGGGUUACCAUUCAUGGGCACUUGUAACUGACCAGUCUAAAAGGACUUGCUUCAGCUAAGGCUGGAUCCAGGCUCUCAACAUGGCAUCAGGACUCCCCUGUGGGGUAGGGUCUAUGACUUUGUCGCAGUUGCACUGGGGGCACAUCUGAUCCUUAGUACCAGCUGCAAUAUUGAAAGACUCUCCUUAAGUUCCUGCAUGGGAGGGGCAUGGGUAUGAGGACAUUUUUCCUUUCAUUCCCCGGGUCUGCAAACAGGUAACAGGUCAGAGGUCAUCACUGGCAUCCCACAGUCUGAUCUGACCUGCCUUUAGUGUUUUUGGUUUUUGCCUUAACAGGAGCAAUAAGGAGCCUUAUGCCUCUCUUUUUGAGAGCCUGCUCUCCUCAUCUCCCUCAGGAAAGCCCCAGCUCAAACAGGCUUAAGCAACAAAGGGAAUUCCCUGUCUGCAGUAACUGGGAUGCCCAGGCUGGGCCUUGCUUCAGGUAUGGCUGCAUCCAGGAGCCCUCAGUGUCCUUAGGCGCUUGUGCCCAUCCUCAACCUCACCUAGGCCUCUUGGCUCUGUGUCAGUUUGCAUGCUGACCUUGUCCUCUCCUCACCUGGAGGGAAAGGUGACUGCUGGCGGCCCCUAGCCUACAACCACAGGGCUCUCAGUUUCUAAGGCAGAAAGAGACUCUCCAUCUCAAAUCCCAGGGAAGGCUCUGACUGGCCCUGGGGAAGUCAUGUGCUCACUCUGUGGGCCUAUUAGCUAAGCAGCUGGGAGCCCUGUGAUUGACAUUUCUUCCAGAAGCAACAGAGGGGUUGGGGAGGGCCAGUCACCCAAUGGACAAAGAGAGGUGGGCCACAGGAGCAGCAGAUGACCACACUGGCACCUGCUACGGUUUCCCUCCUGUGCUGGAGGUCGCUGGGGCCCACGCUGGAGCAUCAGCAACCAACAGCUACUCUUCUUAACCCUUGAGAGGCUUGGGAUUAAAAAUCCAAGGAAGGAGAUGCUGAGCUCCUGGCAUCUCAAUUUCCACAAACCUCAGGGCUGGAAGCCCCCCUGGGUAUGGCUUCUUUCUCCAUCUUGUUCAUUAGCUUAUUGUGGCCAGGACACAAAUGACCCUUUAGCAAUAGGACCUGCCCAGGCACUGAGUUUAGGAGCCCAAGUCUUAAAACUUCAACAAGGUAGGGUUCGAGUCCCAGCCAUCCUUUCACACGAGCUGUGUGACCUUCAGCAGGUGACUUAACCUCUCUGUGCCUCAACAUCCUCAUCUGUAAAAUGGGGAUAGAAUAGUGCCUACCUCAUUCUCUGGGUUGCAGUGGGACAAAUGCGAGCGGAUGUGAAGUCCUGGGCCUGGCGCCCAGCACACGGAAAGCUCUUAAUAAAAGUAGGUGGUUAUUCUGAUAGUUUAAUGCUUCUCAUCCAAAGACCCCAGACUCCAUCCUGUGAGGACGCCCAUCACUGUCAUACUCACCAUGCAUCUGGGGAGAAGCAUGGAUGCUGUUUCCUUCUGACUUUCCCUUUGCAGAAACUGCAUUCUCUGGGCAUGUCCACUCAUCUAGAAGGGCCUCAUUCCGAGUGGUGUUUCCCUCAACUGGCUAUACAAUGGUCUCCCCACAGGUUGAAAUAAGGGGAAUUUGAGACUCCCCCACACCCCACCCAAGCCUGUGUCUGGAAUUUCUCCCCCUGUAAAAUGAACUGAUCACACAGUCUGUUUCAGCCAGGAAAACACGGCAUUUCUUGUUCAGCUGAUCGUUUGCUCCGACUGGAAGCAUUAAAUGCACCUGAUUGUUUGCUCCGACCAGAAGCAUUAAACGUUUUAGAUUUGGA